AAUAAUCAUAUGUAAGUGUAACAAAUCUGGCAACAUAAACCCCGGCGAUAGGGUUUUUAGAAAGAGGCAAAUAAAAUUAUCCCUCAAUCUCAUAUCAGCUAGCAAUGGCUUCAGCAUUUCUGCGAAGUUCGACCCUCCGUCAAUUCUGCUACUCCUUCAAUUCUCGAUUUCUCUCCUCCAGAUUUCACAGUCUUCCUGAAAAAUCGCUGCAGAAUUCGCCGCUCGCCAGCAAUCACUACGAACUACUGCGUGCUUUUUCGGCGAACAAUCGAUUUUUGUGCACGAACGCGCCCAAUCCAGGAGCUAGUCAAUCGAAUGUGAAUGCGGCGGCGCAGCCUGGUGUGUCGUCGGCUCAGAGCGGUUCUGAAAAAAGGAAUGAUGGGGGGCAGAAUUCAGGUGGAUCGGAGAACACUCAGCAGCAAGGGAAGUCUGUCCGAGGAGGGCCUGUUUCAUGGAUGAGCUUCUUUUUGCUUUUCUGUACUGGAGUGGGAUUGGUGUACUACUACGACAGGGAAAAGAGGCGACAUAUUGAAGGCUUAAAUAAGGCUUCAAGUGCAGUAAAACAGGGACCUUCAGUAGGGAAAGCAGCUAUUGGGGGUCCAUUUAACCUCGUUGACCAUAAUGGGAAAACAGUCUCUGAGAAGGAUUUUUUGGGAAAAUGGAACUUGUUUUAUUUUGGAUUCACUCAUUGUCCUGAUAUAUGCCCAGAUGAGCUACAAAAGUUGGCUUCAGCAAUUGAUAAAAUAAAAGCAAAAUCUGGAUUAGAAGUAGUACCAGUCUUCAUAUCAGUUGAUCCAGAAAGAGAUACUGUCGAACAAGUACGCGAAUAUGUCAAAGAAUUCCAUCCGAAGUUGAUUGGCCUCACCGGUUCCCCAGACGACGUCAAGAAGACUGCACGUGCUUAUCGAGUGUACUAUAUGAAGACUGAAGAAGAAGGUUCAGACUACCUAGUUGACCACUCUAUAGUCAUGUAUCUGAUGGAUCCAGAUAUGCAAUUUGUGAAGUUCUUUGGGAAGAACUUAGACGACGCUUCACUUGCCGAUGGAGUAAUUCGGGAGAUAAAGCAACACAAGAAAGUUAAAGCAUAGAUGCAUUCUUUCAUCUUUCUACCACAAAAGAAACCUAGUACGUCUCGAGUAUCAGACUGCAUUUUUUUAGAGAAAUUCUGUGAUAGUAUAACAAUUUUGAUGAAUAAAUUGGAUAGUUUCAUUUUGUACUGGAUGGCAACAUCUAGCAGAAUGUGUUUAACAGAAUGAGUGGUUACUUCAGUAGGAUACAUUUAUCAUUUGUUUCAAUAAGCCAUUCAUUGUUCUCAAA